ACGAAGUAGUUACUGCCAAACUCCAAAGGUUGAUUUGUGUUAGAUGUGCAGUUGUGUUACUGAAAGAGAAAAAUACUCGUUUUUCGCUAAUGUAAGAUAUUUUUUAAUGUGAAUAAUAAUUUGUAAAAACUAUUUUUUAAAGAUUAUAUUGAUUUCUAAAAUUUGAUUCCGGCGGAUGUAUGGCAUGAAUUUAUGCAACAAAAUGGUUCUGUGUUCCUUGGAAAUGCGUGUAGUGAGAGACAUGUCACAAUGUGGAUUCAUACAGAAAAUUUAUAUACAUAAUUAUUUUGUGAUUUAUUUUCAAUAUUAAAAGUAUUGAGGCAUAUUUUUGCUUUGCAGAACCUUGAACACUGACGUUUCGUUGAUAACCUCGGGUUUUAUUAAUCUAACUAAGAUCAGCAAGUAACCUGUGCUAGACACAGCAGUUGUUGCAUGAUCUUUCGGAAGUACUUUUUUUACGCAUAUCAGCAACAAAUAAGAUUAACUGAGUGGAUUAGCUUUGUUAUUUUGUUAGUUUUGUUACACGUACCAACAGCAGAAGUUUAAUGACUCGUGCUUUAUGAUGGGAGACCGCGAUAACCAUCAGAAUAAAGGUCCUAUCGAUGAAAUUAUUGAACAUAUGACUGCAGAUAUACAAACUAGUGAUGGCCAGUAUAUACCGUUAGGCUUUACACCACCACCUACACCAGCUACAGCCCCACACUGCUGGACAGAGUAUGCAGCUUCUACAAAUGGAAGUAGUGAUAAUCACCCUUAUACACCCCACACAUCAAUGGCAAUGAAUCCAGGGGAAAAUGCCAUGUAUAUUUCUGGAGUUCGUUGUGACGUUAGUACAUCCCAUUUGUCAAAACAGGCCAGUGAAGUACCUCAAGAUCACAGUUUCUACUAUGCAGCAUCUGCACAGCAGCAGCAAAUGAAUGCAAUGGCAGAGAAUCAUGAAGUAAUUGGAACUGUUGUUGAUGGUGGAGGAAACAUUGUUAAUGUUGUGUAUAGUGGUUCUAAUAUGAUAUCACCACAGGCAUACCAUAUGAUGCCCCAUGACAGCAGAGAACCCAUGAAGCUUCCAAUAGGAAGAUUUAUAUCUUAUCAGAGUGGGAAUUUAGACACCUCCUGUACCCAUUUGAGGGAUUAUGGACUUUUCAACAAUGGUGAUAUUCAACAACAAUCUCAGCAUUGUGGUAGACAGCAGGAACAGCAUUUCCGAGGAAGUUUAAGUAAUCGAGCACAGUUGAUAGAAAACCUUGUUGGUAAUUGGGUGCCAAAUCAGAGUGGCACAUAUAGCCCAUUUGGAUGUAUGGAUAAUAUUAUUAGACCAGCUCCAUCAACAAAUCAGCUGGGAAUCCAGACAAUUCCAGUAUCUUCUAAUGCUGAAAUGGAAUGUAAGGGGGUUGGUCAUAUUGUUAGAAAGGCAAGGAUAGUUGCAGAAGUUCGCCCUAUGAGACCAACUUACUCUGAUGUCCUUACAAAGUCAGCUCCUAUAACAUUACCAGCAGUUAAACCUAGUUCUAACAAUUCAAAUGCAACAAAUAAAUCAGAGUCCACAAAUGUUGUAAAAUCUAAAGGUUCUGCAUCAAAAGGUAAUAAUGGGAAAAGGAACAAUAGAAGUGGUAUUUUAAAGAGGCAACAUUCUUCUGGCAGCGAGGAGCAUAAUGGCAAUGGAAAUAUUAAUGCCAGCAAAUUAAUUCAGAAUUCUGUUGUGACCCAGAAAUCUGUGGGUACUGACCUGAAGCACAGUAGUUCUGGAAUUGGGUGCAACUCUCUUCCUCGAAAAUGGGUUUCCCUAGAUGAUUUGGAUAGUGAUAAGCAAAUGACAGGAGAACUUGAUGAAGAAAUGUUGCAGUCAGAAGAUAUAGUUUCAUCAAAAACGCUGCAAAGUGGUUCACAGAAUGCUGUUGGUGAAGGAGGCAACAAGAAAUCUGUUGGAAUGCUUAAUUCCAAAUCUAAGUAUGGGCAGCAGG